AUGAUUUACAUGUCCGAUGCCAAUUUUGGGCAUGCAGCUAAACUUUUUACAUUAUUUGCUAGGGUUAUAUAUUUUGAUAUAAUAUAUAUACAGUCUAUUCAAAUAGAAUUUGGAUUUGUUUAUUUUGUAAUGUCUGGAUUAAUAUUUGUAUAUUUUAAUACCAGAACAGGACCUAAAAUGAAAGGAGAAGUUAGUGCAUAUUCUGUUUUUAAUACUGGUUGUGAAGCAAUUGAAGGAACAUUUAAAGCAGAAUAUUUUGAAAAGCAAUUAAAUUUGAUUCAGCAUCAAAGCUAG